AUGUCGUCGGUAGACAAGCAUGCUACCAUGGUUGAGGAUCAGGAUUGUCCUAAACUGCCAACGCCUGAGAGUAUUGUCAUUCCCAAUGAUGAUGUUGCUGCUAGACCCAACGAAGGUGAUGUUACCGGUAGUGAUGAUGACAACCCAACCGUUACUGGGGAAAUUGUGAAUAAUAGUAUAAUUGUGCGGGAAGAAAAGAUUAUCACAGAGAUAGAAAUCAUUACUUCCGACCUAAGUUCUUCUUCGCCUGACCUGGAGGCCGCAGAGAAGACUGCAGAUCAAGAUGAACGACACCAUCGUGACCCUAAUGAGGUUGAUUGGGACGGACCGGAUGACCCUGAGUGUCCUAUGAAUUGGUCCCGAUGGCGAAAAUCAUGGAUAAUUACUAUCCUAAGUGUAUUACGACUUCUCAUCCCCUUUGCCUCGUCAAUGAUGGCUCCGGCAAUCUUGAACAUCCAUGAUGAAUUACACUCUGACAGUGCGACACUUGACACGCUCAGCAUCUCCAUUUUCAUGCUAGGUGUAGGAGCGGGUCCGUUGCUCUUUGCACCCCUCUCCGAGCUCUACGGACGCAACCUCAUCUACCAUUUGAGCAACUUUUUCUUCACUAUUUCUAGUGUUGGUUGCGCCAAGGCGCCCAGUUUGAAAUCCCUCAUAGGCUUUCGCCUGCUAGCGGGCAUCGCAGGUUCCGCAGUGAUUUCCAAUGGUGGCGGGACAAUCGCUGAUAUUGUGCCUAAAGAGAGCAGAGGUCUCAUUACUACGUUGAUGGUCUUGGGCCAACUGAUUGGUCCUGUUAUAGGUCCUACAGUAGGAGGAUACGUGUCGCAGGGCUUAGGAUGGAGAUGGAUUUUCUGGCUGCUAACGAUUGUUUCUGGAGUGUUCACCUUCCUCGGUUUCAUCUUCCUGCGUGAGACCCAUGCUCCAACUCUUCUCAAAUGGAAAGCAGCAAGAUUACGCCGAAAAACGGGCAACCAGCUACUCUACCACAAGGGCAAAUCAAGCUUUCCUCAAAGGGAGCUUUUUAUGAAAGCUUGUCAACGGCCUCUAAGGAUGCUAUUUACGAAUCCUGUUAUUUUCAUUGUGUCUAUCUACAUCGCCCUUGUUCUUGGUUAUGCGUACAUCUUGUUCACUUCCUUCGCUUUCAUCUUUCAGCAGCGGUACGGCUUUGGAGAGGGGACGACAGGAUUGUUGUAUUUCGGGAUUGGCAUUGGCAUGCUAGCCGCGCUUGUUUGGAUGAGUCGUUAUAGUGAUCGGAUUUUCGCACAGAAAGAGCGGCAGACGGGCAAAUCGAAAGCAGAGUUCCGCCUGAUACCUCUGUUAUAUGGGACAUUUUUCAUCCCAGUGGGCUACAUCAUAUACGGCUGGGCCGUCGAAUAUCAUGUUUACUGGGUCGUUCCCAUUUUGGCGACCAUGUUGAUGGGAGUGGGAACUGUUCUAGCUUUAGUCGUAACACAAACUUAUCUUAUAGACGCUUUCACCGUCCAUGCAGCGAGCGCCAAUGCAGCCAACUCUCCCAUUCGGUGUCUGGCCGCUGCUCUCUUACCAUUGAGUGGACUGUCGCUUUACGAUGCGCUGACAUUUGGCUGGGGCAAUACGAUGCUUGCACUUAUAGCACUAGUGUUCAGCGCUCUACCAUGGAUAACGUAUCGAUAUGGUGAACAACUACGAGCGAGAUAUAACGCUGAUACAAAGUAA